GCUGCUGGUUGGUGCUCCAUUUGAAACCAACGGACAGCAGCAGACAGGCGAUAUCUACAGGUGCCUGAUGAACAACAAGAAAAACAGCACCUGCUCCAAACUCAACCUAGGAAGGGUAUCCCUUACCAAUGUGGCAGAGAGGAAGGAUAAAAUGCGGCUGGGAAUGACCCUCACCACCAACCCCAAAGACAACAGCUUUGUGACCUGCGGCCCGCUCUGGUCCCACGAAUGCGGCAGCUCCUAUUACAGCACGGGAAUCUGCUCUCGAGUUAACUCCACCUUCAAGUUCUCCAGAACCAUCGCUCCGGCAUUCCAGAGGUGCGAGACGUACAUGGAUAUUGUGAUCGUUCUGGAUGGAUCCAACUCUAUCUACCCAUGGUAUGAAGUCCAGAAUUUCCUCAUCAACAUCCUGCAGAAAUUCUACAUUGGACCAGGCCAGAUCCAGGUCGGAGUGGUGCAGUACGGGGAAGAUGUUGUCCACGAAUUUCAGCUCAACGACUAUAAGACUGUGGAGGAAGUGGUAAACGCCGCCAGAAACAUCGAGCAGCGUGGAGGAGCUGAGACCAGGACUGCUUUCGGCAUAGAGAUAGCACGUUCAGAGGCGUUUAAAAGAGGUGGGAGGAGGGGCUCCAAGAAGGUGAUGAUUGUGAUUACGGACGGAGAAUCACACGACAGUCCAGACUUAGAGAAAGUGAUUAAAGACAGCGAGAAGGACAACAUCACACGAUACGCCAUUGCGGUUCUUGGAUACUAUAACAGAAGAGGGAUCAAUCCAAAGGCCUUUUUGAAAGAAAUAAAGGACAUCGCCAGCGACCCCGAUGACAAGCACUUCUUUAACGUGGCGGACGAGUCUGCACUGAAGGAUAUCGUGGACGCGCUGGGAGAACGAAUCUUCAGCUUGGAAGGAACUAACAAGAAUGAAACAUCGUUUGGCCUUGAAAUGUCCCAGGCGGGGUUCUCUUCACAUAUUGUGGAGGACGGUAUUCUGAUGGGUGCGGUGGGAGCCUAUGACUGGAAUGGUGCUGUGCUGAAGGAGACUGGCCAUGGAAGGAUCAUCCCUCCCAAACAGGCGUACCUGCAGGAGUUCCCUGAGGAGCUGAAGAACCAUGGAGCCUACCUGGGUUACACAGUGACAUCGCUUGUGUCUGCGAAGGCUGGCAGGUUGUAUGUCGCAGGAGCUCCAAGGUUUAACCACACCGGCAAAGUGAUCAUAUUCACACUGAAGAACAACGGGAACCUCACCAUUCUUCAUUCGCUGAAAGGACAGCAGAUUGGAUCCUACUAUGGGAGUGAAAUCGGUUCUGUGGACAUUGAUGGUGAUGGAGUAACAGAUGCUCUUCUUGUCGGUGCUCCCAUGUACUUCAGCCAGGGCUGGGAGAAAGGCAAAAUCUACAUCUACCGGGUCACAGAACAAAACAGGUUCGUUCUCGACGGCUCUUUGGAGGUGGGAGACGGUGCUCAGAAUGCCCGCUUCGGCUCGUCAAUCUCUCCCGUCCCCGAUCUCAACUACGACACGUACAACGAUGUGGUCGUGGGAGCCCCACUGGAGGACGAGCACCAAGGGGCAAUCUACAUCUUCCACGGCUACAGAGACAGGAUCCUCAGGAAACACAAACAGAGGAUAGGUGCGGCAGACCUGCCCUCUGGACUCAUGUAUUUUGGGCGCAGCAUUCAUGGAAAGAUGGACCUGAACCAGGACGGCCUGGUGGAUUUAGCAGUGGGGUCCCUGGGGGCCGCAGUCCUGCUCUGGUCCCGCAGCAUUGUCCAAAUACAUGCCACCAUCAAGUUCGAACCGGCCAAAGUGAACAUCUUCAACAAGGACUGCAAACGGAACGGAAAAGAUGCCACAUGCAUGGCUGCGAUUGCCUGUCUGAACAUAACGACCAAAACACCACACUUUCUGACUCAGGAAGUAGCUCUGAAGUACACUGCUUUUAUCGAUGAGCGGAGAUACGCGGCCAGGGCGAUUUUAGAUGAGACAAGCGACAAACAUCUACACAAAAACAUCUCUGUGCUCUCUGGCAUAGAGCUCUGUGACCAUAUCUAUUUCCACGUGUUUGAAACCACAGACUACAUGCGGCCAGUGGUUUUCACUCUGGAGUAUGGGAUGCUGUAUCCUGAUGAGGGGCCAGUGCUUGAUGAUGGGUGGCCAACUGUAGUAAAGGCAUCUUUAUCCUUCUGGAACGGCUGUGAUGAGGAUGAGCGCUGCAUUCCUGAUCUGACCAUUCACAGCACACCGGACAUCCCAGACGUGAGAGAGUACUGCCGCAUGGUGUUGCGGGCCCCCGAGUCCCUGUGUGGCCACCACGCCAUGGCGCUGGGGUCUAGCCGUGUGAUCCAGAGCGGGAGGCGCAGGCUGGCCGUGGACGCUGUGCUGAGGAACAGAGGAGAGAACGCCUACAGCACACAACUCAACAUCACCUACUCACACAACCUGCACUUCGCCAGCCUCACCAUUAAGGACAACUCAGACAUCAAGAUUGAGUGCGGCAACGAAGACAAUGUGAACCACAACAAAGUGUGCAAUGUCAGCCUCCCUUUCUUCAGAUCCCAGGCAGAGGUAGCUUUCCGUCUGGAGUUUGAGUUCAGCAGGUCUGUUUUCCUGGAUCAUGUGCAGAUCGUCCUGUCUGCCAACAGUGAUGGAGAAGAAGAUGAAAUGACCAUCCAUGAUAAUUCAAAUGUUAUUUUUCAUCAAUUAAAGUAUGAAGCGGAGCUUCUGUUUACAAGGGACUCCAGCCUCACUCACUAUGAGAUCAAAGCAAGCAAUUCCCUGGAAAAGCACCAUCGUAUCAGCCCCCCUUUCAACUUCACAUUCCAGAUUCAAAAUUUGGGCUUUUUCCCUGUGCUAAAUUUGCUAUUGAAUAUCGAAAUCCCUGGAGUUACAAAAAGUGGCAACCAGCUUUUGGAGUUGAUCGAUUUCUACAUUGAUCAGAAAGAAGGCACAUUUUGCACAGCUCCUAAUACGAUAGCAUACAAGCGGACCUACUCAGAAGACUUGUGGCAUUAUCCACAGCUGAAUCACAGUAACGCUGUCACCAUUCCUGUGACGUGCAGAGUGAAUCUUCAACCGUAUAAGCAACUCCACGUUCACAUCAGUGGCGUGCUGAGGACAGAUUCUCUGAAAACAGUUAAAUUUAAAUCACUGGCACUUGUUACUAUCGCCAGUAUAGCGUUGGAGGCGUCCAGUCCAAUGUUUCUACGAGAAGACAAGUCUGUUCGUCAUAUAAUCCUGGAGAUUACGAAAGAGGACGAUUACGUCAUACCCAUGUGGAUCAUUAUCAGCAGUACGAUAGGGGGGUUGCUGCUUCUAGCUUUACUGAUUCUAGCGCUGUGGAAGCUGGGGUUCUUCCAGAGCGCACGCCACAAGAGGAAAGAGGAGGGGGAGCAGGAGCCGAACGGAAAAGCCUUAGAGGAGAGAUAACGCACACACGCGGCAUGCCCGACGCCUCAAACUCGCUUUCUGUAAAAUAUUGAAGCACUU